AUAAUGGUAGGCGUCAGUCUUCUCUUGCUGAGCUUGAUCGUAUCACUGGCGCCUGGUUCCUCGAAAACGUUCAUCUCAAGACUGGUGGAAAGCGUACUUAUGCUCUCACGGAGCAUGUGUCUUCAAGUCAAUCACGAACCGCCUCGAAGUCCAUCGUCCCGAAUCGUGGUGGCCACCUGGUGGCUGGCGGUGCUGGUGUUCGCCAACGUGUUCAACGGCAAGAUGAAGGCGGGCCUCACGGUGCGCCACAAGAGCGGCCACCGGAUCGACUCGGCCGCGCAACUGGCUUCGCGCGAGGACGUCCGUGUCUACAUGCUUCGCGGUCCGGCCUACCCAAUCCUGCUCGCGGUGAGUGCAGCGAGGAGUCAUCGCCAAGCACCGUCACGUGUGUCACGGCGAACGGCAGCUGCCCACAUGAGGUCCCGGGCUCGACUCCCGGUCGCAGCGACCUGCAUUCCUGUAGGAGCGGAUUGCGAAAGCAUUCGUGUACCACGCUUUGGGCGAGCCUUAGAGGGUCCCAGGUGGUUGAGGUGGAGAGGAGUUUAUUGUAAGAGAAAAAGCUGAGAGGUCGCCCUGAACUGCUACGUUCUAGCCUGUUACACAGCGUCAGGGCAGGGUGAAAGCGGAACAAAAAGAGAGGGAGAAAGCGAGUAUCAUGAUACGAUGAGAUAAAGACAUGAAUAAAAAAUAUUUUAAAAAUUAACCAAGAACAAUUAUAACAGUCGUAGCAAUGAUUUUGGUACCCCUUACUACGACGUUCCUUAUAGCCCGUGUGUUGCCUUUAGAAAAUUAAAGUAAAUCAAUCAAUCAAUUGAUCAAGCAACCAAAUAAUCUCGUACGAAAGUCUAUCCCAACUGUCACGUACAGCACGGACACAAACUUACAUAUGAGCGAUUAAAAAAAAACCCAGCUGUCGCCGAACGAGCACGACCGGAAAGUGUACCGAAAGCUGAAGCCCGGUUCGCUGGUUCCCUACCGCCGCCUGUGGUCCGCCGACGUGCUGGACCAGGUGGCCGCGGGCGAGGCGGUCAUCGUGGGCGACCGCACGACGCUGCUGUACCACGCGGCCCAGAGAUGCCACCGGUACCCGCACCACGAGUUCUACCUGGGCCGGGAGCGUCUCUUCUCGCACCCGAUGGUCGUCUACUACAGAAGGGACAACGUGCGCUUCAUCAUGAACGCCUGGGAGCGCAGACGUGCCCGCCUGACCGAGGCUGGCGUGGUGCUCAAGUGGUACGGCGAGACGGUGUCCUCGGGCGGCGACUUCUCGCGCUGCCCCCGCGUCGACGUCGGCGAGCAGGACACGCUGAACUUCGACCACCUCCGCUCCGUCUUCCUGCUGCUGCUGACCGGUCACGGUCUGGCCCUGGCAGCAGUGCUGGUCGCCGAGGCGCCCGCCGCUGCGCUGGUCAGCCGGUGCGGACGCACGGGGAACGCGAGCCGCGUCGGGCCGGCGGUCCCGCCACCCCGCAUUAGACUCGGUGUGGUUCGCGUGCGUGCGCGUGUGUGAGUGUUGCGGAAGGGCACGUGGAAGCUUCGCUUACGCGAACUAUGCGCGCGAGCGGGUCGAGUCAGAACUCGAGUUACACUCGAUCCGACUCGAUCACGUUUGCACGAGCACGACGAGAGCAGGUUGAGUCAGAAGUCGAGUUAAACUCGUCCCGACUCGACCACGUUCACACGAACACGAAUAGAGCGGGUCGAGUCAGAGGUCGCGUUAAACUCGUCCUGACUUAAUCACGUUUACACGAGCACUGCGAGAGGGGGUCGAGUUAGGAGUUAAACUCGUCCCGACUCGAUCACGUUUAGACGAACACGACAAGAGCGGGUCGAGCAGAAGUAGAGUUAAACGACCACGUUUAGACGAACACGGCGGGUCGAAUCAGAAGUCGAGUUAAACUCGUCCCGACUCGACCACGUUUACGCGAACACGACGAGAGUGGGUUGAGCCAGAAGUCGAGCUGACCCCAUAUAAGGAAGAAGUACGCGUUGCCCGUAGCGAUGCCGGACAGAGAAAUGUUGAAUUUAAGCAGGACAGAGUGGUGGGACUGUUUCGUCAUUACUAGUGCGAACGUAUCCGGCGAGGCUAUACGGGCGAAAUGUGGCGUGUCGAGUGGGAGACGGCGGCACCGUUUCGUUCCCGCGAAUUCCACACCCUGUGCGUAGUCGCAGGUGACGCGCAGUUCUCGUUUAUUCUCAUCUGAGCAGACAGGGAAGGAACAAAAGGGACAUUAAAUUUAAUGCACGGAGAAAUUGCACGGGAUGCUUAUCACCCAACAAUGUGUUGUGCUUGAUGAGGCACUUAAGUAUUGGAAAGUGAUGUCGACUGUCCCCACUUUCUUACUAUUUUGGCACGCAAGGAGUGCAGCGGAAGUGACGUCAUGGGAUCUCACAGGAGCAAUGGGCAUUCAGGCAGAGCCGUUCGUCGGUGUGAAAUUUGAAUGCCACAUAGGCACCCAUUUAGCCGAAACAGUGGGGACACUUCUGUUAGCGCAACGUACUGCAAGUAGUCGAAGCUCAGUUUAAACGCGUGGUUGUUACAAAUGGUCAAUACACAUCUUCUCUAAAGAGCGUAGGAGUAGCUCGGAACACGUGGCUGUUACAGAGGGUCAAUAGAAUGUCCACAUCUCCUUAGAAGAGCGUAGGAGUAGCUCAGGUUGGAUAUGUGGUUGUUACAAAGGGCCAAUAGAUUUUAGAGAUCUCUAAAAAACGUAGGAGUAGCUCACCUGGAACACGUGGUUCUUAGAGUUAAUAGAUUGUCCACUUCUUAGAAGAACGUGUGAGUAGUUCAGUUCGAACACCUGGUUGU